AGCGCAGCCAGCGCCGACAGCAGAAUCAAAAAGCUCAGCACAAACAACACAUAACACAAACUAUAAUAAUAUCAAAUAUAAAAAUUAAUUUAAGCCACUAACAACAUCCACGAAUAAUACUAAACAGUGGCCAUGUCGGACGACAAGAUAUUCAUAAGGCGCGACGACAACAAGGAGGCCACCCACAAGAACCAGGAGGUGGACAUCUACCGGGACACCUUCAUCCGCUACAUGGGUUAUAGCAACGAGAUUGGCGAAGCCUUUCGCCCGCUGGUUCCCAAAUCUUUGGUGGCAGCCACCUACGGCAUGGCCAUUGGUUACGUCUGCACAGAUACCUUCGACAAGGCGCUGCGCCUACAAAUGGAGGGGGCAUCCACCAAAGAGGUGGUCAUCAGGGGCGGCGAUGUCUUUGCCUGGCAAAUGAUGGCCUCUGUGGCCAUACCGGGAUUGGUCAUUAAUAGAAUCACCUGGGCCACACGUUCUCUGCUAACCCGGGCCCCCGUGGCCGUGCUCAAGACCGUGCCCACGCUGGUGGGUCUGGCCAGCAUUCCGUUGAUCAUCCAUCCCAUUGACAAUUUGGUGGAUCGUGUUAUGGAUGCCACCUACCGCAAGGUGGUGAGAUAGUCGACAACUCCUUGGAGGAUCAUCAAUGAGGACCCGCCAGCCCCUAUUCUACUCUCCCGGUGAUAGAUGUUUCCUUUUUCCAGGUUCUAAACCGUUUGUAUUAACCGUAGAAAAGCUAAGCUUUAACGCAAGAAUCCAGCUAUCUUUA